AUAAUAUAUUUAAUCCAACAUAUCCAAAAGACUAUCAUUUCAACAUGUAGUCCAUGUAAAAAGUAUUUACAUUUUUCAUCCUUUUUUUUAAAUGUCUUUGAAAUCUGGGGUGUUUUUUACACUUGCAGCACAUCUCGAUUCAAAAUAGCCACUUUCAAGUGCUUAGUAACCACAUGUAGCUAGUAACUACCUACUGAACAAUGCUGUUCUGCAUAAGUUGGCUGCUUUCCAAACUGAUCACUUUUUUUUUUAUUCAGAUAAUGACUGAUACUGAGUACUCAGGCUAGCCAGUGGUGCAAAGAUGAGUCAAAUUCAUUCUGAUAAGAGAGAUUUGUAAGUCACUAGCAAUUAUACAGCGUGGUAGGUGCCAUGAUGGAGAUGCAUAGAAGAAACCCAGACUUGGCGGCUGAAGGGCACAGGGUGGAAGGCGGUAGGGAGACAAGGAAGGUUGCACAGAAAUAACAUUUGACGCAGGAACUAAGUGCACGAAGGGAAGCCGGCUGUGCGGUGACCGGAGUUACAGGUUACCAAUCUUGCUGAGGGGGGCUCCACCGGACGUCGGCCUACGGGUCGUAGGCGUGUGUGGGGUGAAGGGGAAAGAGGACGGGAGAGGAUUGGCUCGGAGGAACCCGUAGCUCCAUCUGGUGGGUGGACCGAAGCCGCAGGGGGGCGCUACUUGCACUUCGCGCUCAAGCGACCGGAUCUUCAAACCGUGGGAGUGGUGCGGCAGCUGGAGUCCCUGGACUCCUCAACCUAGGGAGCUACUGGCGAGGUAAGGGGCGCGCCUGACCGGCUCCUAAAGCGCACUCACUCGUCCGCACUCCUCGCGCUCCGAAUUCCGUCUCGCCUCACCCGGGCUUCAGAGCCCACAGAACUUAGCCCCGUGUCGGCGACGAGGAGCUCAUGGUAAAACAGCGCAUAGGGUUUUGGUUGUUUGUUUGCUUUUAACAGAUGCCUAUGACUUGUAACGGUCCGUCUGGUAAAAUGAGUCUAUGGAAAUGGUUGCCAGGGCCGGCUAACAGCGGCUCCCGGAAGUCCUUUGAUGCUUUGUUAACAGUGAAGCUACUGGACCAAUGAGUUGCCUCUUCCGGUUUUGUCCGCGCUCGCCUAGUUCUUCUUUAUCAAGGUUGCCUUUGACCCCGGAAAAGAGAUCUUCCGGGUUCCUCUCUCCCCAAAAUGGCUGCUGAGGACAAGUUACAGCUGCUGCGGCUCCCCGAGCUGUUCGAAACCGGUAAACAGUUACUGGACGAAGUAGAAGUAGCGACUGAACCCGCCGGUUCUCGGAUAGUCCAGGAGAAGGUGUUCAAGGGCCUGGACGUCCUUGAGAAGGCUGCCGAAAUGUUAUCGCAGCUCGACUUGUUCAGCCGAAAUGAAGAUUUGGAAGAGAUUGCUUCCACCGACCUGAAGUACCUGUUGGUGUCAGCGUUUCAAGGAGCCCUCACCAUGAAACAAGUCAACCCCAGCAAGCGUCUAGAUCAUUUGCAGCGGGCUCGAGAACACUUUAUAAACUACUUAACUCAGUGCCAUUGCUAUCAUGUGGCAGAGUUUGAGCUGCCCAAAACCAUGAACAACUCUGCUGAAAAUCACACUGUCAAUUCCUCCAUGGCUUAUCCUAGCCUCGUUGCUAUGGCAUCUCAAAGACAGGCUAAAAUACAGAGAUACAAGCAGAAGAAGGAGUUGGAGCAUAGGUUGUCUGCAAUGAAAUCUGCUGUGGAAAGUGGUCAAGCAGAUGAUGAGCGUGUUCGUGAAUAUUAUCUUCUUCACCUUCAGAGGUGGAUUGAUAUCAGCUUAGAAGAGAUUGAGAGCAUUGACCAGGAAAUAAAGAUCCUGAGAGAAAGAGACUCUUCAAGAGAGGCAUCAACUUCUAACUCAUCUCGCCAGGGGAGGCCUCCAGUGAAACCCUUCAUUCUCACUCGGAACACAGCCCAGGCCAAGGGAAUUCAGAAAAGCAGCUCAGCAACAGGAAGAAGAAGAAAAGGAGGAAGAGGAUGAUGAACAAACACUCCACAGAGCCCGGGAGUGGGAUGACUGGAAGGACACCCAUCCUAGGGGCUAUGGCAACCGACAGAACAUGGGCUGAUCUUCCCACACCCCCACAGGACUGCAGGGUGCACAACUCCCCCACCAAGGAAAACCAUGCAGUCCUCCCCUCCCUGGGCUGCCGCUUCAGCUCUGUACAACGAAGGCAAAGAUGCUAAAUCUUGCUUUGCAUUCAAUAAAGUGUCAAGUGAUUAAGUGUGUAUUUGUACCCUAGAUGAUAUGAGCCAGCAGUCUUGUUUUGGCAUCAUCCUUAUCAUGUUGUACUCCAGUUUCUUAAGUGGAAGGAAAAGAGUACUGAGAAAUGGCUCUGUAUAAUGUGUGGCUAUCCGAAUUCUCUGAAAAAAUAAUAAAAGUCUGCUCUAUUA